UCGUUAAUAUUUACACACUACUAUGUAACAUUUCGUCCAACCGCCGUUAGCUCUGCGUAUCGCUUCUACGCGACGCGGAAGACCGUCAACUAAAGUCUGUACAAGAUCAACAGGAAUUGACGCCCACGCUGUCUGCACCGCCGCCCAGAGAUCGGCUGCUGUUCGAGGGUGCAGACGAUUUACCCUCACUUUCAGCCAGAGCCACAGAUGUUCUAUUGGAUGGGCGUCUGGAGAGCGAGACAGCCACUCAAGAACAGUGACGUCAUUAGCACGAAGCGACUCUCUCGUGGAAAACGCAGUGUGGAUUUUUACGAGGUCGUCGAGCGUUGAGACCUUUCUCUGACAGGCGUCUACUAAUGAGGGAAUGUGACAUAGGCUGGCCAGCCACGACAGUCAAGUCUGCUUGAAGCUCUCACAGAGUGACUUGGCGAUCUCGAAGAACACCAAAUUCGAUAUGUCGGUCAGUUCGAGUUGUUGUUUUUCUACCUCGGCCUGGUCUUCUUUUGUAGUCGCUGCUGCCGUUUUGAAGGCGUCUGAUGACAUUUUGAAUCACUCCACGAGAGACUCCUACAACUCCUGCCACUUCACGUUCUGACAACUCGUUCUCAAGAUGGACUUCGAUUUCUUUUAGAGUCAUGGGGAUGCACUGCUUUCUUUGAGGCAUGAUUACACACGGACAACGCAAAGAAUCGAUUCAAGGUCGGAAAUUGGAACGAAAUGAUAACUGAACUGUAGGGUUGCCGACGUUUGCCGCUCUGUGAGCUCCAACAGCGUAUAAAAACAGGACAAUUUGGCGCCAUUGUCUCAACUUGCACUAUUCUCAGCCAUCACAGAAUAUAACCGGAAGUAACGAAUUUAGGAAUUUCUACGUUAUGCAGAUGGCCAUGUCGCAAGUCAAAAUAACAGGAGGAAUGGUGCUGGAAAUCUACUUUGAAGUCUAUACUCUGUGUGUAGAUUUGGCUGUAAAUCAUUAUCGUAUGAUUACAAUAAAACAAAAGCAUAAUAUUGCUCAGCAUACUGUUUUGGGGAUCGCAGCUGCAGAGCUGGCUUUACGUGAAUCUGGCUACAGUAAGGAUGUACUGGAGAAACUCUCAGAUGAAGAGAGAGAGAGAAUGGGAGUUUGUCUUGGAGUCGGAAUGUCUAACAUUGAUGACAUCGCCGAGAAUUGGUUGGCAUUUGAAAAUGAAGGCUACCAUAAGGUCAGUCCUUACUUUCUUUCCAAAAUGCUGACCAACUUGGUUGCGGGAAAUAUUAGUAUUCGAUUCGGCCUGCAGGGACCGAAUCAUUCGGUAUCAACUGCUUGCUCGACUGGCUCUCAUUCGGUAGGCGACGCUUUCAGAAUGAUUCGAAAUGGGGAUGCUGAUCUUAUGCUAGCUGGUGCAACGGAUGCUCAGGUAACACCACUGGCGAUGGCUGCUUGUGCAAGGGCGAAAGCUUUGAGCACGAAGUUCAAUGAUACGCCAGAAAUGGCUUCAAGACCUUUUGAUCGAGAAAGAGACGGAUUCGUUAUUGCUGAAGGAGCCGCUGUCCUCAUUCUUGAGGAGUAUGAAAGAGCAAAACAGCGAGGUGUUGAUAUAUAUGGUGAAAUAUUGGGCUAUGGAAUGUCAGGAGACGCCAGCCACAUUACUGCUCCAAGUGAAGAUGGCAGAGGAGCAUUCAAUGCCAUGACUGCAGCAUUAAGAGACGCACAGCAGAGUCUGGAAAAUGUUUGUUAUAUUAACGCACAUGCGACGUCAACCCCACUGGGUGAUGCAGUAGAGAAUCGAGCCAUUGUGCGGCUCUUUGGAUCAAACAAUGGUCUAGCGGUUUCCUCAACAAAAGGUGGUACAGGUCAUCUCCUCGCAGCAGCAGGAAGCCUAGAGGCAGCCAUUACAGUUCUAUCACUUCACACAAGAGAAUUGCCACCCACGAUCAAUCUUCACAAUCUGGAUCCAGCCGCCGACUUUCCUUUGAACUAUGUGCCAAACGAAGCUCAGCAGUUGGCAUCAGAAAGAAAGUCGGUUGCUCUUAGCAACUCAUUUGGAUUUGGAGGUACUAAUGCUUGCCUUUGCAUGAGAGCCAUGUAAGACAUGAAUAUGUGUAGCUCUAAUGAAUGAUCUAGUUGCACGGCUCUGACAAUAGAUUGUGCAGCAAUGA